CUUCCUCCUCCUCUUCCUCACCCUCUGAGAGAGACUUGGGAUCUGGGCGAAGGUUCUAGCGGCUGCAGGAGAUCCCCAGACUCCUUUUCCUAGAAGGCUGGGGAUGGAUCUCCUGCUCCUGCGUCCACCCGGGUACUUGGAGCGCGCGGGCGGCGCGUGAGCCGGGCAUUGCUCUCUACCUCCCUCGGCAAACCCCGGGUCGGCCCCGCCUGGUAGCUUUGCCCAAGCCCCUUUCCAGCCCAAAGCCGCCGGCGUUCCGGGAGGGAGAAGAAGGUGGCCCUCGGGCACAGCCCCGCCGAGAUGUCGGCGCAGAGCCUGCUCCACAGCGUCUUCUCUUGCUCCUCGCCCGCCUCAGGAGGCUCGGCCUCGGCCAAGGGCUUCUCCAAGAGGAAGCUGCGCCAGACCCGCAGCCUGGACCCGGCCCUGAUCGGCGGCUGUGGGGGCGAGGCGGGCGCAGAGGGCGGCGCUCGAGGGGCCACGACGGGCCGCCUCUACUCCCCAGUGCCGUUAGCCGAGGGUCUCGGCUUCCGCUCUGCGUCCUCGCCUCGGGGCCCGACCCUCCGGGCCGCCCGGUCCCCGCAGCCCAGACCCCUGUGCUCGUCCUUCUCGACACCCAGUACCCCGCAGGAAAAGUCACCGUCUGGUAGCUUCCACUUUGACUAUGAGGUCCCCCUGGGUCGCGGCGGCCUCAAGAAGAGCAUGGCCUGGGACCUGCCGUCUGUCCUAGCCGGACCGGGCAGUGGCCGCAGCGCGGCGAGCAUCCUUUGCUCCUCAGGAGGAGGCCCCAAUGGCAUCUUCACUUCUCCCAGGAGGUGGCUCCAGCAGAGGAAGUUCCAGCCCCCACCCAACAGCCGCGGCCAACCAUAUGUGGUGUGGAAGUCUGAGGGUGAUUUCACCUGGAACAGCAUGUCGGGCCGCAGUGUGCGACUGAGGUCAGUUCCCAUCCAGAGUCUCUCGGAGCUGGAAAGGGCUCGACUUCAGGAAGUGGCUUUUUAUCAGUUGCAGCAGGACUGUGACCUGAGCUGUCAGAUCACCAUUCCCAAAGAUGGACAAAAGAGAAAGAAAUCUUUGAGAAAGAAACUGGAUUCACUAGGAAAGGAGAAAAACAAAGACAGAGAAUUUAUCCCACAGGCAUUUGGAAUGCCCUUAUCCCAAGUCAUUGCAAAUGACAGGGCCUAUAAACUCAAACAGGACUUGCAGAGGGAUGAGCAGAAGGAUGCAUCCGAUUUUGUGGCUUCUCUCCUCCCCUUUGGAAACAAAAGACAAAACAAAGAACUCUCAAGCAGUAACUCAUCUCUCAGCUCAACCUCAGAAACACCAAACGAGUCAACAUCCCCGAACACCCCCGAACCAGCUCCUCGGGCCAGGAGGAGGGGUGCCAUGUCUGUGGAUUCUAUCACUGAUCUUGAUGACAAUCAGUCUCGACUGCUCGAAGCUUUACAACUUUCCUUGCCUGCUGAGGCUCAAAGUAAGAAAGAAAAAGCCAGAGAUAAGAAACUCAGUCUGAAUCCUAUUUACAGACAAGUCCCCAGGUUGGUGGACAGCUGCUGUCAGCAUUUAGAAAAACAUGGCCUCCAGACAGUGGGGAUAUUCCGAGUUGGAAGCUCAAAAAAGAGAGUGAGACAAUUACGCGAGGAAUUUGACCGUGGGAUUGAUGUCUCUCUGGAGGAGGAGCACAGUGUUCAUGAUGUGGCAGCCUUGCUGAAGGAGUUCCUGAGGGACAUGCCAGAUCCCCUUCUCACCAGGGAACUGUAUACAGCUUUCAUCAACACUCUCUUGUUGGAGCCGGAGGAACAGCUGGGCACCUUGCAGCUCCUCAUCUACCUUCUACCUCCCUGCAACUGCGACACCCUCCACCGCCUCCUACAGUUCCUCUCUAUCGUGGCCAGGCAUGCCGAUGACAACGUCAGCAAAGAUGGACAAGAGGUCACUGGGAAUAAAAUGACAUCUCUGAACCUGGCCACCAUAUUCGGACCCAACCUUCUGCACAAGCAGAAGUCAUCAGACAAAGAAUUCUCUGUCCAGAGUUCGGCCCGGGCUGAGGAGAGCACAGCCAUCAUAGCUGUGGUGCAGAAGAUGAUUGAAAAUUAUGAAGCCUUGUUCAUGGUUCCCCCGGAUCUCCAGAACGAAGUGCUCAUCAGCCUCUUGGAGACCGACCCUGACGUUGUGGACUAUUUACUCAGAAGAAAGGCUUCCCAAUCAUCAAGCCCUGACAUGCUGCCGUCGGAAGUUUCUUUUUCCGUGGGAGGGAGGCACUCAUCCACCGAUUCCAACAAGGCCUCCAGCGGAGACAUCUCCCCUUAUGACAACAACUCCCCCGUGCUUUCCGAGCGCUCCCUGCUGGCUAUGCAAGAGGACGUGGCGCCGGGGGGCUCAGAGAAACUUUACAAAGUGCCAGGGCAGUAUAUGCUAGUGGGCCACUUGCCGUCAUCAAAGUCAAGGGAAAGUUCUCCUGGACCAAGGCGCGGGAAAGAUAUGUCAGAGGAGCCUUUCAAUAUCUGGGGAACUUGGCAUUCAACAUUAAAAAGUGGAUCCAAAGACCCAGGAAUGACAGGUUCCCAUGGAGACAUUUUUGAAAGCAGCUCCCUACGACCGGGGCCCUGCUCCCUUUCUCAAGGGAACCUGUCCCCAAAUUGGCCUCGGUGGCAGGGGAGCCCCGCAGAGCUGGACAGAGGCACUCAGGUCGCAGGGAGGACUCAGCCCGCGGCUCCUCCAGCCCCCGGUUCGCGCUCCUGUAGCACGUCCCCCCUGCGGGGCCCUGGCGGGGGCGCGGAGCCGCACUUGACCCUGAGCAGCGCCCAAGACCUCACCGAGAGCGAGCCGGACGCCCCCUGGCCGCAGGGCCGGGCCCCUCCUCCGUGCCAGAGACCCCGGGGCGGCGGCAGUGGGAAGGGCGACAAGAGGCCCCCUCCUCCCUACCCGGGCCCGGGGAAGCCCGCCGCCGCCGCCAGGUCGCCGCGGCAGCCCCGAGCAGGCGCAGGCCAGGCCGAGGACCCGGGGAGCCAGACGGCUGAGUGGGGGCCGCGGAAAAAACUGGGCAGCGCCCACUCUCCGACCUCUGGCGAGCAGGAUGGGCGGAAGCUGGGGGAGGCCGGCUGGCUGGACUGGCAGAGAGAGCGCUGGCAGAUCUGGGAGCUGCUGUCCGCCGACAAUCCCGACGCCCUGCCCGAAACGCUGGUCUGAGCCCCCU